CCCAGUACUUACAGCCCUAGCCCUCUCUUCUCAGUACUGCUCUGCUCCCGUCCCAGCUGUUAGACACAAUGAUGAACCUGAGGACUUUCUUUUUCACCAUCAUUCUGCUGCCAUGGAUGCUAUCUUCUGCAGCAAGAAAUGGAAACAUGGAAGCAAGGAAACCUAAGAAAGAGGUUGUGACCAUCCCAGACUAUGACACCGCUGGAGACUCAAAUACAAGCCCAGCAUCAGUUCCUAAAGAAGAGGGUGAGCUACCCACGUGCCUGCUGUGUGUGUGUCUGACUGGGUCGGUAUACUGUGAGGAGGUCUCCCCUGAGAUGACAGCAGUUCCAUCCCUGCCCAAGGAAACUGCCUAUCUCUACGCACGCUACAACAAAAUUACCAAAAUCACCAACAAAGACUUUGCAGACAUUGCAACGUUGAGAAGAAUCGAUCUGACUGGGAACCUAAUCUCUGAGAUAGAAGAUGGAGCUUUCUCAAAGCUUGCCCUCCUUGAAGAGCUCAAUCUCUCAGAGAACAAGCUGGCCAAACUACCCAUGUUACCUGCCAAACUUGUGUCCUUCAAUGCCAAUUACAACCAACUUAAAACCAAGGGUGUAAAAUCAACCGCUUUUAAGAAACUCACUAAGAUGGCGUACCUCUACCUUGGCAAUAACGAGCUGGAGGCGAUCCCACAACUUCCAGAGAGUCUCCACAUUGUGCACCUAUAUAACAAUAAGAUCACCACGCUAUCGGAUGAGACCUUCUGCCCAGUCAACAAUACUCAGUACAUCAGAGCCAACAUGGUGGAGGUGAGACUGGACGGCAACCCUCUGAUGCUGGCCAAGCAUCCCAACAGCUUUGUCUGCCUCAGGGCCCUGCCCAUUGGACCGUACCACUGAACCAGUGGGAUACAGUCUAGAGAGGACAACAACACUACAGUGAAAAGGGCUAACUAAUGUAAUACAAGGGUCAAUAGAUCAUAGCGCAGGAGUGGCAUGUAAUAUGAGAAGUGUGUACCAGUAUGUUACGAUAUAUAGAUCAGAGCCACGUAAUAUGAGAAAUGUGUUUGUUUUGUAAGUUACAAUUGAAUAAGUCUUUUAGGUCGUAUUGUCAAGUUCAUGAUUUGUUAAAUUGGUGUCCUCUUAGGUAGGCCAGAGUGAACAUAGGAGUUAUCUUAUACGACAUCCAGUUGAAGUCGGAAGUUUAUAUACACCAUAGCCAAAUACAUUUAAACUCAGUUUUUCACAA